UGCUCAGACUAGAGAUAGAAGUCCCUUUUCAGAACAUCUCUGUUCUGUCUCCUGAAAAGCAGUCGAACUAAACAGUUCAAGGUACCAUCGUUCAGGGCCAGUUUAAAGUAGGUUAUAUUUAUAUAUUUAUAUAUUUAUAUGCUCGGUAAAACCCCAUCCUCCUGUAACAGGAUCGUCGGGGUAUACUGCUCCUGUUGGAAACUAUACAGCUUUUACAGUUUUUUACUAACUUUAGUCAGGGGUUUCUUUCAUCUUUGCCCUGAGGGAGGGAGAAUUGCAAAUUUUUUUGAAUUCUUGAAAAUAAUGCUUGAUUAUAUAAUUCUUUCCACCUCUGUUUUUCUCGGUGGACGACCUGUAAAUCCUAGUUCUUGAGAAUGGUCAAUUAGUCUGACAUUACACAUAGAAUUCUUGGUAUCACGUGAAAAUUACUCCAUCUUAGUGAGAUGUGGGAUGGAGUGAACGUCGGUGAUACCAAAAAUUCAUGCAAUUAAGUGUUGCACAGGUGGGGAUUUCCCUGUGGUCUAAAAUUUCAGUAAUACUCCUGGCUAAUUGUUCAUUAAAGACUAAUGUCUUCUAAUUUCAGCUCGUUUUGUAACAAGGCCAAGGAUUUGGGCAAUCUUCAGGAAAUACAGUUAAUAUUCUAGACAACUUUUUCCUCCAACUUUUGUUUUCUGUUCUCCUGUAACUGUCUCUGCAGCUGCUCUAUUUUCAAGGACAGUAAUAACUCAGCUGCUUUACUGCUUUCCAGUUCGGUUGUCAAUUCUAGUUUCUCUUUAAUUCUAUCUUUUCUCUACUGGCAGGGAACCUUCCACUAUCCCAGGUUGUUCCAAGUCCCAUUCAGCCUGGCCUUGAGCACUUGCAGGGAUGGGGCAACCUCUGCCAGGGCAUCGCCACCUUCACAGGGAUGAUUUUCUUCCCAAUGUUCAGUGCAUGGACCAACAGAAUCACCAAGGCAAGAUGGCCCUGCUCGCCUGGCAGGAGGAGACCGGCAUCGAGCUGGUGCAGAUCAACGGGCAGAGGCGCUAUGGAGGGCCCCCCCCAGGCUGGGUGGGCGGCCCCCCGCCGGCCGGCACCGAGGUGUACAUCGCCAGGCUGCCGCAGGACAUCUACGAGAACACCCUGAUCCCGCUGUUCCAGAGCGUGGGGAUGCUCUACGAGUUCCGCCUCAUGCUCACCUUCAGCGGCCUCAACCGGGGCUUUGCCUUUGCGCGCUACGCGUCCCCGCAGGACGCGCACAGAGCCAUCGACAGCCUGCACCGCUACCAGCUGCGCCCGGGCUGCACCAUCGUCGUGUGCUGGAGCACGCAGAAGCGCGAGCUCGUCCUCAGCGGCCUGGGCAUGUGGGUGAGCCAGCAGGAGCUGGAGGUCAGGCUGCAGCUGGUCACUGAGGGGAUCUGCAGUGUCACCCUGCAUAACAGCCCCUACCAGGGACAGGCCAAGCUCGCUGUGCUGAAGUACAAGUCGCACGAGGCUGCCGCGCUGGCCAGGAAAGCCCUAAUGGAAGGGAACCUGAGGCUCAGGGAAGCAGGGAUCAGAGUGGACUGGCUGGACUCCCAGCUGAAGAAGAAGCUGCAGCAGCUCUGUGAGGAGGAGCCAUUGUCCAUCUCGGUGCAGGGAGGCAACAACCUGGCAGUGCCCGGGGCGGUGGCCCCGUGUCUGCCAUUAGAGGACGUGCUGGAGUGCCUGAACAUGCUGUGCUGGAAGCUUUGCCUGAGGAAACCUGUGUUCUUGAUCAAGUGUGUUCUGGUGAAACCCAAUGGGUGGCAGAAGUUCUGGUACCAGGUGGUGAUCCCAGGAUUCCAGGUGCUCGUCACUGACUUCACGUGGGUCUUUUCGGACAGGCAUGGCCUGAGCGAGUUCAAGAAGGCCAAGGUAGCAGCGGCCCUGCACACUCUCCAGCUGUUAAGCUAGGCCUUGGGUGCCAGCUGAUGUAGGCAGCCGUUCUGCUGAAGCCAUGAUGGAGCCCGAGCCCUGCGGGGCUCCCAGCCGUGUUCCAGUUUCCCUUUGGGAUGUUUGCAUCAGUUCUGAGAGCAGACUCUGGAGGAUAAAGGCUGCUGCCCUGUUCCAUGGCAGCCACCCUGUCCCCGGGCCGCUCUUGAGUUGGUUCUCGUUUGGGUUGUUGUUCCUGCCAAGUUUGGCUUGUUCAGCUGGUUUGUGUUGUGUUGGAGGGGCAGAGCCAGGAGAAGCAGCAGCUCUGGGAGGAGCUGCCAGCACCGGAUGCCACUGCCAUGAAUUCCUCUACUGGCAUUCCUGGUUCCUGAGGAACAGCUUCAGGGGAGGACAAGGCCACACACAGGGAGUGUGCAGGUGGUCACAGACGUUCUGUGGGCUGGUGGAGCUGCUGUGUGGGGAGAGGAGUGCCUGUAAUUUCAUUGCAUAGUGAGGAAGCAGCUGUGGGGUUGCCAGCUGUCCAUGAAUGAUUCGUCAGGAGUGGGAGGUCAGGCUACAUGU